AUGCAGCCAUUUUCUACCCAUAUUUCAUUUGCAGCACUUUUCUUCGCGUCGUUUGCGAUUGCGCACGGCGAAGAUGGAUCGAUGGACAUGGACAUGGGUAUGAGCAUGCCUAUGCAAACAGCUCAUAGUACAGCUUCGUCAACACCAGUCAUCCCAUUGAAUAGUCACUGUGAGAGUCCCAUGAGCUACUUCGCUUGUGGCAAGCACUCCAGUACCAUCAUGGCGCAUAUUGCGCUCAUGGUCGUGGCCUGGUGCUUUGUGCUCCCUGCAGCGGUUAUGCUCAGCAUCGCGCGCUCGCGACUUGCGCUGCCGUCGCAAUUCCUGUUCCUGGUCUUAAGUGCUGUCGGUCUGCUCUUCGGAAUGAUCUAUAAAAGUCAAACACCGGAUCUGUAUGAGAACAAUGCUCAUGGAAAGAUUGGCUGGAUUGCGACUUGUAUGAUCAGCGCACAGGUCGCCCUAGCCUUGAUUUUCUCGUAUGACGGUCGGGGUGCGUCAAAGUUACAGCCUACUUCCUUUGAGCGCGCAGCAUUAUUGCCUGUCGCUACAAGAGAGCAUGAGAGCCCUGACCCGACUGGUGCAAUUUGUGAGAACCGCUGGUCUCGCGAUAGUGGCCAGGGAACUGACUGCGGCUCAUUCAUCCAGAGUCCCGGGUUGUCAUCUUGCGAAGUCCAAUCUGAGUAUGAGGGUUUUGAUAUACCAGAAGAGUCUCCAGUGGAUUCAUCAGAGGUUUCUGGUCUACGUGCUUGGCUCUGUCGCUCCGUUUUCGGUCGCCUUGUCUCGAGACGCGCACCUAGUAUAGACUCGAACUGUAUCCUGUGUAUUAUCAACGGCGCGCAAAAUUUGAUUGGCCGUAUUAUCCUGCCUGUUGGCUUUGUCGCCAUUGUGACAGGCGCGGUCACCUACGGGGGUAUUUUCCGUGGCAAGGACAUAUUCAACGGCCUGGCGCAUUUCAUCAAGGGUGGGAUCUUCUUCUGGUAUGGAAUUCUCACCCUCGGGCGCUUUAUCGGAGCAUGGGCGGAUUUAGGUUGGGCUUGGAACAAGAAGCCCCCGGCGUCAAUUGUCGGUUGGAAGGCUAAGGUUCCGUCUGGCGAGUUUGUCGAGUCCUUUGUGAUCUGGUUAUAUGGUAUCACCAACGUCUUCCUGGAGCAUCUGUCCAACCCGGGCGGCGAAUGGUCUGCGGCUGAUAUGGAGCAUGUCUCCAUCUCCAUCAUGUUUUUCGGCGGUGGGUUGGUUGGCAUGCUGUUCGAGUCCCGCCGUAUUCGCGACACGCUCAACGAUACUAUCCUCCGGCCCCCUCCCCACGGCUCUCGCAACGAAAAGCGGCAGCCUCCUAAGUCGCAGGGCGUGCCACUUAACCCGAUGCCGGCACUUAUCAUCCUACUUUUAGGCUUGAUGAUGGGAUCGCAUCACCAGGACAGCAUGAAAUCGACUAUGGUCCACAAGCAGUGGGGGAACUUGCUGGUCGGCUUUGCGCUUGCUCGUGGAAUGACUUAUGUCUUGCUCUUCUUGCGCCCCCAGAACUCCUACCUCCCUGCUCGGCCGCCGACGGAGAUCGUGUCUGGCUUCUGUCUCAUCGCUGGCGGAUUGAUCUUCAUGCUGAGUACCCGCAACGUCAUUGAAGCUAUGGAAUUCUAUGAACUGGAUGCUAUGUUCACCUUUACCGUUGCCAUGGGCUUCACAGCUUUCAUCAUGUCUCUGGUGGUCCUGAACAUCGCACUCAAGGCAUGGGCAGUACAGCGCGAACAACGGCCGCAGCGUAACGCAAGCUUCGUCUUGGAAAGUCAGAAUACAUUCUUUUAG